CAUGCUUUAGCCCAAACGCCUAGCAAGAACGGUGCGUGUGCUAAUAUGAUAUACUUAUUAAAAUAGUAGGUCUCCAAGAUGUUGCUAGGACCUCUUCCUUCGAUAGAUGUGUAUAUAAACCAUUGAUCAGAAUAUCCCAGUCUCAAUAACCAGAUUUUAGGGACCGUCAAAAAUAUAUUUCCUCAUCAUGGAUAUCAUAGACAUCACAUAUCCUUUGGACCGAGUCGCUUGCUGUUGUGCCCGGUGCCAGCAAGUUCUGACUACAUUCAGCAAUGUAUGGAUCGGGAUGGGUGAAAGUUAUAUGACCCCCGCUGCCUGUCCUAAAUACACCUCGAACACCUGUAUCGCUCAUGCGGGUUUCCCGACUAUCAUAUAUACAGGUCCCGUGCGACUUGGAAAGGAACGGACGUUGGUAGCGGAUUGCCAUCUACAUGAUAUAUCAUGCAUCUCUUGCCAGACGGUAAUUGGGUUCAAGUGUCUAAUGGCGCCGGAUAAUCACGUUCUACGCGAUGGUCAAUUGUUCUUCCGGCCUUCCUCAAUUGUACUCAUUCUUGCGAAUGGCAGCGAUGCGGAUAUAAAUCCAAGCACCGGUAUAAUUGUUGAUGCCAUCAUCCAAAAGGUGCUCAGUCUAGAAGAAACUCCACGCCCUAGUCUCGAUACUCCAAUCACACCUUCGUCCUCCGAGGGAACUACGCACGCUGGCAUGAGCAAAAGAGACCUUUCGAUAGUACAGGGCCAAGUUCUUGAUCAUCUACAGGCUCAGCUAGAUGCUUCAAGAGAAGAAAUCCAAAGGCUUGGCCGCUUAGGCUAUCAACAAGCCAGCUCCAGCUCCACUGAUAACACAACGCUGUGCGCCCAAGACAAGGUCGCAGAGCUAGCGAAGGAAAUUGAUGAGUUGAAAAGAUUGGUGAAGUAUUCUAGGGAUUCCAACAUGCAGGAUAGCAUCACCUCGCUAAAAAACGGAUUCGGCGAAAUGAACCUGACAUCCACCCGUAUCGAGCGAGAGCUUACUUCCGCGAGGCAAACAACCGCAGAUCUACGCUUAGCUCUUAGCAACAGCCGCCAUGGGUCAACCUCAACCACAGAGCAACCACUACAGCGCGAAAUAGCCACUUCAGAUACCAGACCCACGCAACAAGACCCAGGAUACGUGCGUGGAGAGGUAGACGGAACUAGAGAGGUUGUAAGAGAAUGUGUCUCGACGGCAAAGGCUUGUGCCGAGGAAGUAUCCUUGCUACGAGCGGAACUAGAAGGCCUGAGAGAGGAACUGGCCCAAAACCGGUCGCGGCAGUCGAUGCCUGAAGACGCGGGCUCCUCGGCAGAAUCCACCCAUGGAAAUACUCACCAUUGAUAUUACCAAGAUCGGUUUAAAAGCGAGCUAGGGGAGGAAGAAAGUAUGGUUCUUAGGUUGAAGCGGUGCCACUGCUGACAUGUCUUCAAGCACUUUUUUAAUUAUUAGUAUGGGACUCUUCCCGGCUUCCAAAGUCGAGCGUCAUCGAGCAGAGGUUCGAGGUAAGCGAUAGCAAAGGAGGAAUGGUGCUUUAUAUGAACACCAGGGGGGAAGAAA